AUGGAGGAGAUCCUGGAUAUCGAAAAAAGAAACCAAACAGGCAUUAGGGGAUUUAUCCUUCUGGGUUUGGGAAUUUUCCCUGAGCUACAGCCUCUCCUUUCUGGGUUCUUCUUGCUGAUUUAUCUGAUUACAAUAACUGGAAACCUUCUCAUCCUUCUGCUAAUUGUGGCUGAUCAGCAUCUUCACACCCCAAUGUAUUUGUUUCUGGCAAAUUUGACUUGCUUGGACACUUGCUAUAGCACUAACAUCUUGCUCAAAAUGUUAGCCAACUUGCUGACUGGUGAGAGAACUAUUACUGUGAGUGAAUGCAUAGCCCAAUAUCAUUUUUUUAGCCUUUGCACAGGUACAGAAACCUAUCUUUUGGCUGCCAUGUCUUAUGACCGCUAUUUAGCAAUUUGUAGACCUUUGCUCUAUGCUUCUAUUAUGAAUAAGAAAUUCUGUUUCCAACUUAUGGCUGUGACAUGGCUAAAUAGUUUGAUAUGUAAUGCUAUUCCGGUGGCUCUUGUGGCUCAAUUAUCCUUCUGUGGCUCUAAUGUCAUAGACCAUUACUUUUGUGACUUCCAUCCACUAGAAAAACUGUCCUGUACUGACACAAGUCUCCUUGAAAUCAUCACAUUUUUCCUGAGCUUUGUUUUUGUAAUUCCUCCCUUUCUGCUGACCCUCAUCUCCUAUAUAUGCAUCAUUGGCACCAUCAUCAAAAUCAAAUCCACCUUUGGGAGGCAAAAAGCCUUUUCAACCUGCUCUUCUCAUCUCAUGGUAGUUUGCCUUUAUUAUGGCACGAUAAUCGUUGUCUAUGUGUUGCCAGACUCCCCCACUCUGACACAUCUCAAUAAAAUAUUCUCCAUUUUCUAUACAGUGAUGACACCUUUGGUCAAUCCCCUCAUCUAUACUUUAAGAAACAAAGAAAUUCACAAAGCCACCAGACAACUUUAUGGUAAAAUGGUAAUUUUGGCCAGAAGUCACCCCAAACCACCCAUUUCUUCUCCAUUUAUUAGAUAG